GUUUACAUAUUAACUUAAUACAAAAAAAAAAAAACUAGUUUACAUAUUAACUUAAGACUAGGGAGAGAGUAGGGAGUAGUAUUAGUAGCAAAGGAGUCUGGUCAAGUAAAUCAACAGCAGAGGAGCGAGAGCCAAUAUGGAGAAGGAUGGUGGUGAUCGUGAUAAUGCUGCACUAGUAACGCUGAUUGUGAUGUUGCUGAUAAUGGCAAUGGGUGUGUCCUCUGCUUCUUCAGCUUCAGCUGCAGCAGCUUCUUCGCAACUCAGACGAAAUCUGCUUGCCAACGGACUUGGACUCACUCCUCCCAUGGGGUGGAACAGUUGGAAUCACUUCCACUGCAAAAUCGAUGAGAAAGUCAUCAAAGCAACCGCCGAUGCACUGGUUUCCACCGGUCUCUCUAAACUUGGAUAUACCUAUGUUAACAUAGAUGAUUGCUGGGCCGAAAUUUCUCGUGACCACGAGGGCAAUCUAGCGCCAAAUAAAUCAACAUUUCCAUCGGGCAUUAAAGCUCUUGCGGAUUAUGUUCACAGCAAGGGUCUUAAGCUAGGAAUUUACGCAGAUGCAGGGUACUUCACUUGCAGCAAAACCAUGCCCGGUUCACUUGGCCACGAAGAACAAGAUGCCAAAACAUUUGCUGCUUGGGGAAUUGAUUACUUGAAGUAUGAUAACUGUUAUAACGAUGAAUCCAAGCCAACUGUUAGGUUCCCUGUAAUGACCCGAGCUCUGAUGAAAGCAGGUCGUCCCAUAUUCUAUUCGCUUUGUGAAUGGGGAGAUAUGCACCCUGCUACAUGGGGUGCUAAUGUAGGAAACAGCUGGAGAACUACUAGUGACAUUUCUGAUACAUGGGAAAGUAUGGUCUCUAGAGCAGACAUGAAUGAAGUUUAUGCUGAAUUUGCCAGACCUGGUGGCUGGAAUGAUCCCGACAUGUUAGAAGUGGGGAAUGGAGGAAUGACAAAAAAUGAAUAUAUAGUCCAUUUUAGCAUGUGGGCCAUUUCUAAGGCUCCCCUUCUUCUCGGUUGCAACGUGGGAAAUAUCACGAAAGAGACCAUGGAGAUCAUUGCAAAUAAAGAGGUUAUCUCCGUAAACCAAGAUCGACUCGGUGUUCAAGCUAAAAAGGUCAGAUUACAAGGGAAUCGUGAGGUUUGGGCAGGGCCCCUCUCAGGAUACAGAGUAGCUUUACUCCUUGUCAACCGAAGCCGUAAGCGAGAUUCGUUCACAGCUCACUGGGACGACAUUGGGAUCCCCACAAACAGUGUUGUUGAAGCAAGAGACCUCUGGGAGCACAAGACAUUGAAGGCACGAUUUGUUGGAAACUUGACAGCCACGGUGGACUCUCAUGCAUGUAAAAUGUAUGUUCUGAAGCCGGUGGGUUAGGUAGCCUAGUUUGGUAUUGCUUUGCUUUGAAAAAAACUGUUUUUGCAAUGCUUCAUAAAAUAAAGUAGUAAUGUGUUUGAUAAACUAUAAUUGUAAAAGUGCUUCUAGCAAAAAGAAAAACAUUGUUAUA